AUGUUACUUCGUGCUAUUAGAUAUUGUUCAACAUUUCAAGCAUAUUUAAAUGAAUGUAAAAAACUACGAAUGGCAUUACUGAUGAACAAAUGUCCAAAUAAAUUUAUUGAUGAACAAUUCAAUGAUAUAUUACUAAAAUUGAACAUUGAUCGACCAUUGACGUUUAAUAACUAUGCAAAUUACCGUGAAAAAGUAAUUAAUUCACCUGUAAAACAAAAAAAAAUUGAUUAUGGAAAGAAAAUGUUUGUUCAUUUUAACUUACUUAUUGUUCAAGUAUGAAAACAUUUCCUUCAAAAUUUCAUGCUCUUUGGAAUGAAUACUUUGGUCAAUCUCCAAUCAAUGAAAUUAUAUCUGUCCUUGGUACACGUAACGUUAAAAAUUUACAAACUCGCUUGACACUUACAAGAUCAAUAGAUAUUGAUAAUUAGUUACCUAACUCUACUGUCUAAUUUAGUCUAUUUUAUUGUCUUCGUUCACAAAUGUUCAAUUAUAUUAAAAUUCUUACUUUAUAAAUUGAUCUAUUUACACUUAUCAAUAUUCUGAUUGUGUUUUAUCAAUCUCUGAUUAUAAAAAUUACAAAUAUGAUUAUUAUUACAAAAAUAUUCUAUCGCAAAAAAUGAUAAUUAAAAUCAAGAUUGCAGCCACAAUACAUAAAAAUAGGCAAACUGAAAUAAUUGAAGAAAAAAUUUACUAGAUGACUAAUAGAUACAUAUGAUGAUCAAGAAUGAGAUGUGCACGUUAUUAUAUUUGGUUCGUGUAUUUUUGAGUUUUGAUCGUUAUCAUUUUGAGUCGAAAUUUUGUGUUGCUUGAAUAUUCGUAGUAUGUAUAUAUAACGUCUGCUUCCAUUUUAGAGUUUCAAAUGUUAAUUCUUUUUCUGCUGAGAAAUUUUUCUUUGUGGAAAUAGUUUUUCAAAGCUUAUAUAUAGACUAUGAUAUAAAGUAUAUUUAUCGUUUCUUCUGGAUUCAUGUAAUGAUAGGUGGGGUAAUGUGCGUUCUUUUCCAUUCGGCGUUAGUUUUCUUUAUAGUAUUUGUGUAGGUGCAUUAUUCUAAAAUAGAUAUAGUCAAAUUCUAUUUACGGAUGAUAUUGAUAGUAGUAUGUUUUACAAAUCGGUUUCGAUAGUGAGGUUUUUGUUACGAUUUCUACCAUUGGUUGCUGGAAAUGUUUACAGAUAUCUUUGGCGACAUUAUGGUUCUUAUUAAAGUAAGAUUUUUGGUCAAAUAGUUAAAUGUGAAAUUCAGGUUCUCGUUUUAAAAAAGGCAAUUUGUUUCAUUCAUGUUUGCCAAAAAUUAGGGGUCCGACAGUGACGAAAACCGCCACCGAUCUCACCGUUACAGAUCCCACCGAUCACACUGGUCCUCGCUAGUUACUGUAACUGGUCUCAUUAGUCGUUUUCACACCUCUUUAUUGAUAAUUAGUACUAUUUUCCUAUAUACACCCGCUUUCAGAGAGUUUUCGUAUGGCAAUACUAAUACAAUCAAGUAUAAUGUGGGCAAUAUCGGAACAUUAUGCACUUGUAUAUUCUAUCUGUGACAUAUUGCAAGACUAAAUCGCAACUAGGGAUGCAACGUUGACGCUGAAUCGCCGGUUCACUAGUACCAAUUAACCGGUCGAAGUCGGUAACUGGCAGAUACCGGUAGCUAGUAUAACCAGUAUAAAUUAGUGUCAGCCACUAUAUAUCGGUGCAUCUCGACAUACCGGUAUAGAGCGGUAAGCAAUUUACCGCCUUAUAGCGACCUAUAAUGACAUAUACUGGUGAAAACUAGAGAUGGGGUGGUGAGACUAGCAGUGAUACGGGUAAACCUAUGAAAGACGUACGGUGAAGACCGAUGCAUGAGCAUCGCUGAUGAGGGGUGCGCAAGUACGGGUACAACUUGUACUAGCAUCGACUACCACAUCUUAUUCCCCCAAAACCUAGAAUUCUAGAAUUCAUGCAUCGGGCGGUACAACCGAAUACAUACAAAUACAUGAGAGUACAUGAAUUCUAGAAUUCUAGGUUUUUUUUUCGG